CUACAUUUCCCAGCUUCACUUGUCUUUGCAGUGUUGUUAACGGAUAACCUAAGGGCUGAGGUAUACUGCAACAACUCUGCAGCUUCUGUAAACAGCUGCUUCGUGGUCGGGGCUGAAACACCGGUCACUGUACAUAACUAACACACCGACAGACAUGUCGGAAACUUCAAGUGAUGCAGAGUCGUCCUGCGGCUGGACAAUUAUUAGUAAUGAGGGUUCAGAUAUUGAGACAUUGGGCUCUGAGGCUGUGGUGGAGUACGGAGCAGCACUGUUAGAGCGCCCUCUGGUGGAGAAAGCAGAGCUGCAGGAGGAACAUGCAUCUACAUCUGCUGCUGAUUGUGCUGAGGAGGGAGUCGCUGAUUCACUUGAUGACACUCUGAAGGAACAGAACAUUGAGGAGACACUGUAUGCCUCUGAGGCAGGAGACAACACCACAGGGAAAGAGCAUGUGACCGUGCUGUCCUCCAGUGAUCACUCUGACAUAGUAACUCUUCGAGACUUGAAAGAGGACGAGCAUGCUGAAGUGGAAGAAGAGGCAGCAGCCAACGAGGAGUUCUACAUGGGCUCCUCCUGCAGCAGUCAGUACGCCUUCACUGCUGCAGAGACUGUCUUUCCACUGCAGCAGCCUGCAGUGACAAACUCAAGCAGCAGCAGUGAGGACGAAGCAGAGAGGAGCCCGAGUACUGUUGUCCGAAGACGAAGGCUGAGGAAGAAUACUACGAGCAUCGGGACGGAGCCUGAAGAAGAGGAGGAGGAAGGUGUGCAGGAGUCUGCCCACAGUGAGGAGGAGGAGGAGGAAGAGGAGGAGAGAGAAGAGGAGGAGACUGAAGUUUGUCCUGAUGCUGCCCUGGAUGUUAGGAUGAAGGGUCACGGCAGCAGCACCCUCAACAAGUGUAUCCUGAUCGCCCUCGUCAUCGCCAUCAGCAUGGGCUUCGGACAUUUCUAUGGCACAGUCCAGAUUCAAGAAAGACACAAAACUGGGGAGUAUAUCUGUGUGAAUGAACUGGACGGAGUGAGAGAUCUGCUUCAACAUCACAUGAAGGAACAACCUUUGCAGGUACAGAGAGAGCACUUCGGCUUGGAUGAAACGGACGAGCAAAAGGUUAUUUCUCUGCUCACGGAGGUAAUCGAGAAAAUACAGAAAGAGAACCUGGAGCUCAGCGUCAAACAAACUCAGGCUCAGGCUCACAGAGAUGACCUGGAAAUGUUGCUGCAACAGAAAGCAGAUGAGAGAACAAACAUUGUGUCUCAGCAGCAGAGGUUGACAGCUGAGAACCAGCUGCUGAAAAGCUCCCUGGAACGUGAAGAGAAGUCUCUCUCCACUCUACAGGAAGAGCUGAGAAACCUGCGCUUUAAGAUCAGAGAGCUGGAGGUGACGGGAGCUGCUGCAGACUCGCUGCUGACAGAAAACCAGAGGCUGAAAGACCAGCUGGAGGAGGAGAAACGGCUGAUCCAAAGCCAGAGGGAAGACCUGAUGUUUGAAGCACAGGCAAUAAGGAAGACGCUCGAUAAGGAGAAGAAGGUCACGGACGAUCUGAGGAGAGAGUUGAACCAGCUGAGAGGUCGAGUCUCUGGAGCUGAAAAGGACAGCGGGUCAGAGGCGGAGGAGCUGCAGUCACGUUUGAUAGAGCUGGAGAAGAGACUGAGCUUCGAGCAGCAGCGCUCCGACCUGUGGGAGAGGCUGUACGUGGAAACCAAAGAGGACAGAGCUAAAGGAGACACAGAGUCUAAAGUAAAGAAACAUAAGCAGGGCAUGGCAGGAAAGGUGAAAGAGACAUUUGAUGCUGUGAAGAACUCCACCAAGGAGUUUGUCCAUCACCACAAAGAGCAGAUCAAGAAAGCAAAGGAGGCCGUGAAGGAGAACCUGAGGAAGUUUUCAGAUUCUGUCAAACUAACUUUCCGACACUUCAAAGACUCGGCCUCGACCUUCAUUCACAAAGCCCGACACUUCUAUGAUAAGAGACGCGGUGAGAAGAACACAAAGGACCAGCACAGGUUCAAGCCUCAUCACAGACACUCGCACAAAUUUGACGACUCCUUUCAGAGUAGCCACAACACACGGAAAACCGGAGACAAAGUUCACACAGACGAACAACAAAACACCCACAAGGCCACCUACAAAGGGUGCUCUGGAGUUUUCGACUGUGCCUACCAGGAGUCCUUGAGUCUCUUCAACAAAGCCACUGAGCCAAUCAGAGCCGAUGAGUUCUACCAGCUGAUGCAGAGCUACCUGCAGCAAGAGGUCGACCACUUCCGCCACUGGAAAGAGCUGGAGAUGUUCAUCAACAACUUCUUCCACAACGGGGUGUUCAUCCACGACCGCAUGCUGUUCACAGACUUUGUGAGCGGCGUGGAGGACUACCUGACUGACAUGCACGAGUAUAGCGGCCUGGACAACGACGUGUUUGAAGAUCUGGAUGAUUUCAUUUACCGGCACUUCUUUGGAGAUUCUUACUCAAAAAGUUAUGGCCCUAAUGGGCCGUUUGAGAGACCUCAGGACUCAAAGGACUCCUCGAGAGCCAAGCACCACCAGAGAAAGCAUCAGCGAGCCAGAUCUCGAGCACACGGUGAACGCAAGUGGAGCCGGUCAGGAAGAAACACAGAGACAGACACAUGGCUGACGUUAAGAUAGAGCUGGGUCCUAUGCCGUUUGAUCCCAAAUACUGAAAACACUUCAGCUGGUUUAAUAUUUGGGAAUUUUACUUCGGGAUGUAUUUGGGAGCUUUUUUUUUUCUUCCUUUUUGUAAGUUUGCACAAUGUUAUAUUUUAAUGCUACUGAACGUCCUGAUCUGUUCUGUGUUUCGUGAGAGUUCAUUCUGUUGGACGUAAAGUUAUUUUUUGCACUCUAAAUGAAGAUUUCCUUUUAAAACACCAUCAAUGCACCUCAACAACUACAGCACUUAUGUCUAAAAACACACUUUAAAGACAUUUGGCACAUGCUGUUCAUUGGGAAUUUAAUUAUGGUGCAACUUUGAACAAAAACUGAAAGAAAUUAUUUUUAUGUUUUGGGUGUUUCUGUGUUCAACAAUGUAGAUGUUUUCAUUUGCUACUUCAAACACUUUGCUAACAAUGUGCUUUCACAGCUAAUGAUUUUAACAUUCCACUUUGAGCUGGUUUAACUGGACCUGAUUGUUUAAUUUACAAGACUGGAAACAAUGUCACAUCAGAUUUGGUUGAAGUGAAUAAACUCCCCCUCCACGCACACACAUUCGAGGUGACACUUUGAGUUAAAAUAUUUAUUUCAGUAGUAAAUCCAUGGUGUUCUCUUUAUGAAAAGAUUAUUUGUUCCAGUGGUUUUCAGUGCCUUUCAUAAAUAAAGACGCUUCCUCCGACUCUUCCCUCAGGAAAA